CAACUCUACACUAUCAAACAUUUUCCAAUCAUAAAGAAGCUGUAACCCUGAGAAGCAGCACUUCUGAUUGAUCAGCAAAUUUAUCACGAGAGAUUGUUUCCUUAAAAACACUGAUGUUUCCCUCAAUCCUCGUGUUCAUUUCUUUCCUAUGUCUAACAACAACAAAGUCCCAAGAAAUAUCUUGGACUAUCAACAAACACUGUCAGAAUAAGUGCGGUAACGUCACCAUACCUUACCCUUUCGGAGUUGGCCCAGGAUGCAGUUUCAACGCCUCCUUCGCCAUCACCUGCAACACCACCAACACCACCACCACUCGUGAAAGGCCAUUCCUGAGCAGCAUCAACCUCGAAGUAUUGAACAUUUCUGUGCACGGCGUAGUCAUUGUAAACCAGCCCGUCUCACCUGUGAAUUGCUCAGCUAACCGGAGAUCAGGAUCCAUGCCCAUGUCCCUCCGAGGCAGUCCAUUCACAAUCUCACCACGCUACAACACGCUGGCUGUGCUAGGCUGCACUAACGCCGUGUGGAUUACUAAUUCUAGUGGGAGUGGCACCGCUACAGUUGGAGGAUGCAUGUCCAUCUGUGAAGCCAACAGCAACAGCAGCAGCUGCGACGGCCUCAACUGCUGCAAGGCCACAAUCCCAGCCGGGCUUAAGAGCUUCCAGUUUAGCUACAGAAGCAUACAAAGCAGCAGCAGCAACGAUGAAUUCUGUGGCUACGCCUUCCCUGUAGACCAGAAAUGGUUCCGGCAAGACUACACAAGAUACAGAGGCCUUCAGAUCAACCAGUCCUACCCAUAUGAUCAAAAUUUUGUGUCUGCACCACUUGUGCUCGAGUGGGAACUCGACAUCCCAACCAUCGACCACAGCCUUGUUUUCUGCAAACUUGCUGCUAACUACCGGUACCCUUCAAACAGUGACGAAUACACCGAUCCUUCAACAUCAUUUUAUCUUUUAAACUAUUAUAACGAAUACGAAUAUGUAUCCUCCACCAAAUACUGCUCUUGCCCAGAUGGAUACCAAGGCAAUCCUUAUGUAUUCCAAGGUUGUAUUGACAUUGACGAAUGCGCCCUUAACGAAAGGAGAACAUACGUCAUCUGUGAUGACGCUGGAGUCUGCAAUAAUGUAACCAGGAAUUACUACUGCGGCACAGGGACUUGCAUCAACAGAAUUGGGAGCUAUACUUGUCGCUAUGCAAACAACGAUGCUAGCACCAAACGUAAAAUUGCCUUCAUCACCAUCGGUGCCGUGCUGGGCGGCCUGCUUCUGGCCUUCGCGGGCUGGAAAGCCGCAAGGGCCAUCAGGAAGAAAAUCAAGGAUAAGAGGAGGCAGGAAUUCUUCAAGCGCAACGGCGGCUUGUUAUUACAGCAGCAGCUUUCCUCAACCGACAACAGCCUCGACAAAACCAAGGUGUUUACCUACAAGGAGCUGGCUAAAGCCACUGAUAACUACAACGAGAAUCGCGUCCUUGGCCGUGGCGGCCAAGGCACGGUCUACAAAGGAAUGCUGAUGGAUGGCAAGAUUGUCGCCGUCAAGAAAUCCAAGAUGGUGGAAGAAGGCGAUCUGCAGGAUUUCAUCAACGAGAUUGUGAUUCUCUCCCAGAUCAAUCACAGGAAUGUGGUCAAAUUGCUGGGGUGUUGUCUAGAGACCGAAGUUCCUCUCCUCGUCUACGAGUUCAUCAACAAUGGCACACUUUUCGGGCACAUCCACGAUCCGAGCGAGGAUUUCCCCCUUUCCUGGGAAUUCCGCCUCCGAAUCGGGAGAGAAGUCGCCGGAGCUAUUGCCUACCUUCAUUCCGCUGCUUCUGCGCCUAUCUAUCAUCGCGAUAUCAAAUCAACAAAUAUUUUGUUAGAUGAUAAAUACAGAGCUAAGGUUUCGGAUUUUGGAGCUUCACGAACAAUAUCCAUUGACCAAACUCACGUCACCACACGAGUGCUGGGGACGUUCGGGUAUUUAGAUCCAGAGUAUUUCCAGUCGAGUCAGUACACAGAGAAGAGCGACGUGUACAGCUUUGGAGUGGUUAUGGUUGAGCUUCUCACCGGAGAGAAGGCGAUAUCUUCGAUCAGAGCGGAGGCAGGGAGGAGUUUGGCGACGCAGUUUUUGGAUCUGAUGGAGGAGGAUCAAGUGUUUGAUAUUAUUGAUGAGAGGGUGGUGAGAGAGGGGAAGAGAGAGGAAAUCAUGGCUGUGGCUCAGCUUGCGAAGAGAUGUUUGCAUUUGAAUGGGAAGAGAAGGCCGACGAUGUAUGAGGUGGCGGCGGAAUUGGAAGGUAUUCGGAUGGUGAAAUUGAGAGAGGAAACGGAAUUGCAGCAAAAUGAAGAUUGUGGAAAAGAGAGUGAAGCGAUUGAGGUUGAUGAAAUGUAUGAAGACUUCUCUUCCAUCCCCGGAAGCAUGCGCUUUGAUUCCAGCUCCAUCACCGUGGAUGAUGAUGACCGGCGAUUGCUAGGUUCAUGAUUGCUUAUAUUGUAGUGGAGUAGUAUUUGUAAUAUGUUUAUUGGAUGAUGACCGGCGAUUGCUAGGUUCAUGAUUGCAUUGAAUACUGAGAUUGACAAAUUCCGAUCA